AUCCCAUGUUCGAGUUGCUAAAAAGCGACACAACGUGACAAUUCGCGGAGAAGAGGAAUUACUUAUUUUAAGUAUUUAUUUAAAGUAUUAGGAGAAUUCUGUUAUUUAUAUACAUAUUCGAAUUUUCAAGAAUUAGUGUAUUUUCAACUUGGAUUUUGUCAUCUUUGUUACCAACAGACAGCAAUGGAAGGAGUCAGAAAAGAUGCUCGAUUUUCUCACAUUACAAAAGACCUCAGGUUCCGCAGGAUGCCCAAACACGAGAAGAAGGUCAAGAUCGACAAGAGAUUUAAGGACAUGUUCACAGACCAACGCUUUAAACUCAAGUACUCUGUUGAUAAACGAGGGAAGCCCAUGAAUGUUACAACCAAUGAGAAUCUGAAACAGUACUAUGAGUUGUCGAGCAGUGGUGAUGAGGAUGAUGAAGAUGAUGAUGAAAAGGAAAGUGAAAAUGAAGAAACAGCAAGAGAAUCUGAAAUUUCAAAAAAUAAAAAGUUGUUAAAGAAAGAAACAAAAUCAAAAAUAGACAAAGAAAAGAGAGAUAUUGAAACUAUCUUUGGGAAGAAAACUAAGGCAAAGAGAGGUGAUGUAAAGGACAAAAAUACAAAGAAAAAUAAAAGAAUAAAAAGUGCAACCAGUGAUUCUUCAGAUGAAGAUGCAGAUGAGGUAGUUAUAAAACAGAAUGCAACAAAAACAAAGAAAUCAUUGGGGAAGGAAGCUGUUUGUGAUAGAAAGGGGAAGGAAGUAAAGGGAGCUAAGGAAGAAGAUUCCUCAGACAAAGAGGAAGAGGAGGAGGGAGAUGAGGACUCCGACAGUGAUGAGGACUCAGGUGGGGGUGAAGGUCCUGAUCUAGCUCGGGGAGAAGGUAAUGUGGAGACAUCCUCAUCUUCUGAAGAUGAUGACAGUGAAGAGGAAAAAGAUGACCAUGAGGAGUUUGAUCAUGGCUGGGGGGAGCUUGAUAAAGAUGUCCCCCAGGCAGAGGAACUGGGUCGUCGCCUUGCAAUGUGUAACAUGGACUGGGACCGAAUUAAGGCACAGGACAUCUUUAUGUUACUGCAUUCAUUUGUACCAACAGGCGGUAGUCUCCGAUCAGUCAAGGUGUUUCCAUCAGAGUUUGGACUGCAGAGAAUGAAGGAGGAGGCUUUAUCAGGACCGACGGAACUAGUUCAAUCCAAAAGCGAAAACAUGUUGGAUGAGGAAAACGAUGAAGAUGAUGAUGAUUAUGAUGAGUCUCAGGGAACUCGUUACCACCGUGAGAAAUUACGCCAAUACCAGCUGAAUCGGCUGAAAUAUUACUAUGCUGUCGUGGAAACAGACUCCAUAGAAACCGCCAGUAAGAUUUAUGAGGAGUGUGAUGGCAUGGAAUAUGAGUCCAGCUCUACCAAACUCGAUCUCAGGUUUAUCCCAGAUGAAAUGGAGUUUACAGAAGAAUCAAAGUCCGAGUGUACAGAGAUGCCUGCAACUUACAACCCGUCCCUGUUCGUGUCGACUGCCCUGGCCCAGUCAAAGGUGAAUUUAACCUGGGAUGAAACAGACCAGGACAGAAUUAAAGUGACCAUGAGGAACCCGUCAGAAGGAAAGAAAAAGAAGACAGAUGAUGUCAAUGAAGAAGAUUUCCAGGCUUAUCUGGCAUCCAGCUCUGAUGAAGAGGAAGGUGAAAGACACCUCGGAGAUCUCAUUGAAAUUCAUUACGGAAAAACAUAUCUGCAUGUCAUUUUGUUAAUAUUUAACGAUAAGUAUUUAUUUAUGACAGAGGAUGACAGGCCUGUUGUAAGUGCUGAUGACAAGGAAGAUGAUAUUGAAGAUGACAGUGAGGAGAGUCAGAUUAAGAAAUAUCGCAGCUUGUUGCAGUCCCUGGACGAUGACAAAAACCUGAAGAAAAAGAAAGAUAUCAAGAUGGAGGUCACAUGGGAACCAGGGUUAAAGGAGACCAUGGAGAAGGUGGUCAAACAUAAGGAGGAAACCAAGGACCAGACUCCAUGGCAACAGUAUCUAAGGAAGAAAAAAGAGAAACGACAAAUGAAGAGAGAGGAAAGGGGAAAUAGGAAGACAGCCAGUAAUAAAGAAACAGGAGAUGACCAAUCAGCCUUCAGUGAUGAUGAAUUACCAGGUGAUGUAGGCGAUGAUCCAUUCUUCAGGCAGAAACUGGACAGUGAUGACGAGAAAGACGCAGGGAAAAAAUCAAAAGUGUCGAAAAAUACAAGACGGAAGAAAAGAAAAGACAAGGCAUUGGAAACUGGGGAUCCCGAGAAGGAGAGGGAGCUGGAGUUGUUAAUGAUGGAUGAAGAGACCGACAACAGGAAACAUUUUAGUCUCAAGUCGAUCAUGAAAGAAUCCAAGAAGAGGAAGAAGCUAUCACAGGAACAGAAGGAGAAGGAGUUCCUGAUAAAUGUGGAAGAUGACAGAUUUGGUGCGAUUUUUGAUUCCCAUUUAUACAACAUCGAUCCCUCAGCUCCAGAAUUCAAAAAGUCUAGGGCUAUGGAUGCCAUUAUUGAAGAAAAAAUGAAACGAAGAAUGUCAGGGCAGACAUCAAAAACUGUGAAUGCCUCUGUAGGAAAACGGAAGGCAGACACAGACAUCAGCAAAGCUGGAUCGUCAGUGAAAUCCAAGAAGCUGGACUCGGAGAGCAUUUCAUCUCUCGUUAAUUCUAUUAAAUCAAAAACGCAUACAUUUCACAAGAAGAAGAAAAAGUGAAUAAAAUUAUUGUAUUGUU